AUGGACAGCGACAUUGGCAAAGUUCUGGGACAGAUCGAUGCUGCAGUUUUUCUGCACAUCUGGCAGUGCUUUGAUGUCGAUGAUAAUGGAUACAUAGAAGGGAAGGAACUUGAUGAUUUCUUUCGCCACUUGCUGGAAAAGAUGGGCACUGAGGAAGCUGUAGCAGAAGAGAAACUUCAAGAGGUGAAAAAACGUUUCCUGGCUGCCUGUGGCAUCUCUGAAGAUGGCCACCUGCAGAUACAAGAGCUUGCCAAGAUAAUCUUGCCAGAAGAUGAAAACUUUCUCCUGCUCUUUCGCCGAGAAACCCCCUUGGAUAACAGUGUGGAGUUUAUGCAAAUUUGGCGCAAAUAUGAUGCUGAUAGCAGCGGGUUUAUCUCAGCUGGGGAGCUCCAGAACUUUCUUCGAGAUCUCUUCCUACAUCACAAAAAAACCAUUCCUGAGACCAAACUGGGUGAAUAUACUGAUACCAUGAUGAAGAUCUUUGACAAAAACAAAGAUGGCCGGUUGGAUCUAAAUGACUUGGCAAGGAUUCUGGCUCUUCAGGAAAACUUCCUGCUUCAAUUUAAAAUGGAUGCCUGUACUACUGAAGAAAGAAAGAGGGAUUUUGAGAAAAUCUUUGCCCAUUAUGAUGUUAGUAAAACUGGAGCCUUGGAAGGCCCAGAAGUGGAUGGAUUUGUCAAAGAUAUGAUGGAACUUGUCAAGCCCAGCAUCAGUGGGGUGGACUUGGAUAAGUUUCGAGAGAUUUUGCUCCGUCACUGCGAUAUGAACAAGGAUGGGAAAAUUCAGAAGUCUGAGCUGGCCUUGUGUCUUGGUUUAAAAGUCAGCCCCUAA